AUGUUCCACCAUCGGCAUAUUCAAGGGGUCGCUUCCCUCGCUCGUAGCUUCAGCCGAAUCACACUCACCGUGGAACGAUCGCCGAAUGGUGUUUUGCCAUUAGUCGCCACUCCGAGAGCCGCUAGAUCGCCGAAUGGAUUAAAUGUCCCGGAACGGUUCGCGCUACCUCAACUGCCAUCACAACAGCUACGGCCACCUACGAUGGGAGGACUCGAGAUUGGCAACGGCGUACGGCGCAAUCCGCUGCUCCCUUUGAAAGAAAUCAUCGACAUUCCGCUGGUUUCGCGGAUCAUAGAAAACCCGAUCCAACGGCCGGGCACAGGGGAACCGAUUGGCGAUAAUCUAAACACUGUCCCGUCACUUGACCUUCCCACGGGUAUCGUGCAGCCGGACGACGGUGGAAAGCAGGCCGCUCGUCUCAUCGUGAUCCGGAGGCGUAAAAUGCGCAAGCAUAAGCUAAAAAAGCUCCGAAAGCGAAUGAAGUUCGAGUGGCUGAAGGUUCGUCAAAGACGGGAACUAAGGAAGGAGAAACUGUUCCAGGCGGAACUGAUCAACCAAAUAAAGGCGGCAGAAAAGUUUUCGGCCGAAGCGUACGUGGCCGAGAAGCUGCGCCUGGCAAAGACCACCCCACUGCCGCGGUUCUGGAAAGGAAGGCGAUUGCCAGAGUUCCUCAUCAAGCAAAAGUUAGGCAUUGAGUAGCGUGUAUCCGUUAGAUGAAAUACAG